UCCCGCUGUAAGACAGUAGGUGGCGGCCUUGUGACUUCUCGUUGAAUAGGAGCAGUGUUUCCAACAGGAAGAAGAAGGGCAGCAUUAAGGGAACUGUCGCAGAGUGAUCGGCUCAAUUCUGUGGCGCUGCGUACAUUCAACCAGCGUUUUUAUCAGCUAAUCAGAAGAAACACACUUCAUUGUAUUUUAACUAUAUAUACAACGUCACAGAAUGGCCACUGAUUCAGGCUACGGUGGCUCACAGAGCUAUGGGUCAUACGGCGGUCAGCAGAGUGGACAGGGUUAUGGACAAGGAAAUGGACAGAGUUACCCUGGCUAUGGACAGCCAGGUGCUGCACCAGGCGCUGCACCAGGCGCUGCAACACAAGGCGCUGCAACACAAGGAGGCUAUGGCCAACCUCCUCCGGAACAGAGCUUUGAUACGUACGGACAAGAUUCCUCUGGGUAUGGCAACAAAUCGUCGUCUUACGGGCAGCAAAGCUCCUAUGGUAGCCAGGCUCCAGGUGGAGACAGCUAUGGACAGAGUUCCUACGGAGGCCAGAGCCGAGGAGGACCACCACCAGCACCACCAGCAGCAGCAGCAGCACCCGCAGCACCAGGAGGUGGCAGCAGCUAUGGUAGAUGGAGCGAAGGUGAAGGAGGGGGUCAGGGUUCGAGGUUUGGACGAGACCAGGGAGACCGUGCAGAUGGAGAAGGGGGCUACAGAGGCCGUGGGGGUGGUGGCAGCGGUGGUGGCUAUGACCGUGGCAGCAGCGGUGGAUACGACCGUGGCAGUGGUGGUGGAUUCGACCGCGGUAGUGGAUACGACCGCGGAGGAAGAGGAGGACCUCCUGGUAUGGGAGGUGGUGACCGUGGUGGCUACAAAAAUUACGGUGGCUCUCGAGACUUGGACUCAAGGGAUGAACACGAUGAUCAGGACAACUCUGACAACAACACCAUUUUUGUCCAGGGACUGGCAGAAGACGCCACAGUUCAGGAAAUUGGUGACUACUUCAAGCAAAUAGGAAUCAUCAAGUUGAACAAAAAGACUGGCCUGCUUAUGAUCAACAUCUACACGGAUAAAGCCACCGGUCAGCCAAAGGGUGAAUGUACCGUGUCCUUCGAUGACCCGCCCUCUGCCAAAGCUGCUAUCAGCUGGUUUGAUGGUAAGACCAGUGCAAGGAGUUUAAACGGGAAAACUCUCAAAGUAUCGUUUGCCACCCGCAGAGCGGAGUUCACACAGAGAGGAGGAGCAGCAGGAGGUGGAGGCGCAGGAAGAGGAGGAGGAGGAGGACGUGGAGGAGGUGGGGGUUUCAGAGGCCGCAGCAGUGGUGGAGGAGGCGGAGGAGGUGGAGGAGGCGGACCUAACUUUGACAUCAAGGGAGGAGACUGGCCCUGUCCCAACAGCUCUUGUGGCAACAUGAACUUCGCCCGGCGGCAGGAGUGUAACAAGUGUGGCGCUCCCAAACCAGGAGAUGCCGGAUUUGGUGGAGACCGUGGAGGCAGAGGAGGGUUUGGCGGAGACAGAGGCGGUGGCUUCAGAGGUCGUGGAGGAGGUUUCCGUGGUGGAGAUCGUGGUGGAGAUCGUGGGGGAGACCGUGGGGGAGACCGUGGAGGCUUCGGAGGUGGCGGAGGAUAUGGAGGAGGAGGUUACAAGAUGGGAGGAAGAGGUGACCGUCGAGAUGACAGAAGAGAGCGGCCAUACUAGGAGUUGAGCAGAUAGAAACCACUCCAGCCCUUGAGUUCGCCAUGGAGGGAGGGUUUAGUUCGGGAGAACCUGGAGAAAAGGAACAUCUAUCCGAACGUCUUAUCACCGAUUUAUGUUCCUUUUUCAAAGCCAGACUAUCCCAACUAUUACUGCUCAUCUGAGCGCAGGACGGAGAUGUUGAUCUACUGUAAAGGGACUUUGGGGCGGAUUGGCACUGUUGGCAUGUGGUCAAAUGUAUUUUUUGUUUUUUUCCCCCCUCUGCUUUUUUGUUUUAUUUCCUUGUACAUCUUUUUAAUUUCCUCUCAGAUUCUAGUCGCAGGCGUUUUUGUGAGGUAGACUUCGUACCAUGUUUUGUAUGAACCGAUUAAAUGUUUUACUUGGGUUCUUUUUUUUUCAAAAUAUUAAAAAUAAAACUGUGAUCUUU